AUGAGCGCACCAACCAUUCUCACGAUACCUGUCGAGCUACGAGAGCUCAUUUACGGCUUUCUCUUUGGUAGCUACACUAUUCGACAUGGCUUCAAACACCCAGGCCUUCCCAGCAGCAAAACGGACGCCUCUAAUCGCACAUCACUACUUCUCACUUGUCGCCAAAUCUCCACGGAGGCCAGCCGCCAUCUUCCGCUCAACUGCACCCUUCACUUCCGCGGUACUGAGAACUUGCUUGAGACACUCCUCUCGAUGGAUCAGAGUGUGCUAACCCGCUUACGCCACAUUCGGGUUCGCGCGUAUCCAUUCCCCCUGUAUGCUGGAGAGGCUACGCAUUACUAUCCUACCUACUAUGCAGCAAAUGCGCUUAAUCUGCUGCCUGGUCUGUGUCUUGACACACUAGUCGUGGAAGACUGUUGGCAUGGCUUUGGCAUGUGCGAUGGCUGGCGAGACGUUACAACUUACUUCGACAUCGAAAGCCUCCUCAAUAGCGACGCUUGGAAACAGCUUACCUACAUAACACCUUGUACCGAUUUCAUCGCCUCGGGCUACGACCACCGGCACAAGCGGUCAGCCCAACCCGAAAAUUGGGAUGCGCUUAUCAAAGAACGUGAUGGAGUCGAGUACGGCGCAGAGGUCAAGAUGUACAUUGUUCCGUAUGACCAGCAAGCAGCUACUGGCUGUGAAAAAACCGAGGACGGCCGGACCAUGCAGCUCUGGUCAGCGAAACCAGGAGAUAAGGUCAACGAGGACUGGCGCAUUGCAGGACCAGAGCAAGACAUGAAAGGGGAGGUCAGGAUCCUGGCGAAGCGAGGCAAACGGGCAAGAGUACACCAACUAUCGCACAUCAUCUUAGCACUUGUUGCUGUUAACUUUGGGGCUUCACUUGCCCAGCAAUAUCCGCUUCCUGUUACCUAUGACACCAUUCUCAAAUCACCUGUGGACCCUAGCAUCACCAUCUCCUUCAAGCAGCCCGAAUCCGACAUCUGCUCUACAACUGCCGAAACGCAGAAGCAGUACUCGGGUUAUGUCAAUCUUCCUCCGUUUACGCUUGCGCCCUUUCAGCAAAACUACUCAAUCAAUACCUUUUUCUGGUUCUUUGAGGCUCGAGAUAACCCAGAAACUGCACCAUUAACAAUAUGGCUGAACGGUGGACCUGGACAAUCCAGCAUGGUUGGUCUCUUUACCGAAGUAGGACCAUGCAAGGUUAUCCAAGGGUCUGAUGACGGCUACACUACACAGCCCAGGUCCUGGGGUUGGGACCGUAGUUCCAACAUACUCUUCAUCGAUCAACCCACUCAGACCGGCUUCUCCUAUGAUGAGCGGGCGAACGCGUCUAUAGAUUUCAGCAACGACGAUCCUGCCGGAUUGGAUGCCCGUAAGCAACCGUCACCCCUUCCGACUGAUGUACCUGCCUGGCGCUUCAAAAACGGGACUUUCGCUUCUGGUCUUACUACAAACACGGAAGACUUGACUGCCAUCGCCGCCAGAUCGACCUGGCACUUCCUGCAAGGUUUUCUCUCCGCUUUCCCUCAGUACAAUCCAGGGGUAUAUCCUGAUAGUGAUGUUGUCGAGUCUGCUGCCAUCAAUCUAUUUGCCGAGAGCUAUGGGGGCAUGUAUGGCCCUAUAUUUGCAGAUUUCUUUGAAGCUCAAAACGAGGGGAAAAAAGAUGGAAAGGUACCAAGUGAUGCAUUGGAGAUCCGUGUGGGUUCAGUAGGCAUCGUGGAUGGUGUCUUGGAUGUUAUUACAACCACGACAUCAGGUCUGGAAUUUGCAUACAACAACACAUAUGGUAUCGAAGGCAUCAACAUCACGACCUACAAGAAUGCAAUAGCUGCAGUCAACGGAGAGAUGGGCUGUAGGGAUCUGAUAACGCAAUGUCGUGUGGUCGCGGCGAAGAACGAUCCCGACAAUCUCGGUACUGAUGAGGACACUAACAAGCUUUGCGCAAGUGCUCUAUUAACGUGUCAAUUGGCUGUUUUGCCUGUCAUGGCUAUCGGCAGAAGCGUUUAUGACAUGCGAGUGGAGCCUCAGGUUGGGCCGGCAGCCUCCUACGUAGAAUAUCUGAAUGAUGCCAGGGUUCUACAGGCCAUCGGCGCUUCGGUCAACUUCACCUCACAUAGCAUCACUGUUGAAAACGCUUUCAAUUUCAACGGAGAUGCUGCUCGUGGGACGCAGCUAGCCUCUUUGGCGCGCUUGCUCGCUCGCGGCAUAAAGGUAGCUUUGAUAUACGGGGACGCAGAUCUCCUAGGUAACUGGUAUGGAGGCCAGAAUGGAUCUCUCGAGCUAGCUAGUCUUGUUCCAGGGUACGAUACCGCCUUCCCAGCCGCUGGCUAUGCCGAUAUCUUUGUCAAUUUAUCUUAUGUUGGCGGAGCUGUACGUCAAUAUGGCAACCUUUCGUUCUCUCGAAUCUACGAUGCCGGUCACCAGGUACCCUACUACCAACCAGAAACUGCAUUUGCUAUCUUCAGUCGGACUAUUCAAGGUCGGGACAUCAGCACGGGUCGCGAGGCUGACUUGUCUACGUUUGCAACCGAAGGGCCCAACACUUCUGAUCAUAAGAAUGUGGUGCCGCCUCAGCCAAACUCAGUCUGCUGGAUUAGAGACGCUGUUUCUACCUGCACAGAAGAAGAUUUGGCUGCUAUUCGUCAGGGUAAGGGUACAGUCAAGGAUGGCAUAUGGAUGCCUUCAGAAAGCAUCGAAGCAUUCGAGAAAACAUCCGGAAGUUCGCCACUACAGCAAAGUUUCCUACUCCGCCUGCUCCGUCGCGAUACUUCUCCAGAAAAAGAGAAAGAGGGCAGGAAAAAAGCACAGAGAGUCCUGAUCGGAGGACUUUCUGCGGCGGUUGCAUUGCUGUUGUGA